AUGGCGGGUGACGAGAAGACCAAGGUCGCCGUGAACGGAGCGACGUCCGGCUACAAUCCAUCGACACAGGACAAUAUCACCAUGGCUCUCCUCCAGAACGGCGGCAUCAAGCGCAUACAGAGCACUUUCCAACAACGCCUAGACGAAGCAGGCUGGUCGCAGGCGCUCCGCGACUACGUAGAGAAGCUGUUCCGAAGCGGAGAGGCCCAAACUUACGAUGAGGCUCUCAAGAUUGUUAUGCAGCACAUUGCGCUCCAGGGAGACGAGACGAAGUCGAAUGGGAACAAUGGCUCGUCGGCGCCCGACUUGACUAUCCCGAGAGAUGCUGCGAAGGAUGCUGCGGCGACAGUGAAGAAGGAGUUGGCGCAAGUGGUUAAGAUGGAGAAAUGA